AAUUUACAUAGAGGAUAUAAGUGGGCUAAUUUUUGUAUAAAAGCUAAGGUCUCCAUUGGAAGAAUUAUAAUUUGUCUUUGUGAUAAAUCAAAUCAACAUUUCAAAAUGUUCAAAAUUUUCGCUUUCUUGUUCGCUGUUUUGGCUCUAGCUUUCGCAGCACCAAAGGCCCAACCAGUACCACAAGUAUUAGCUGCGUACAGCGCACCAGCUGUUGUUAGCAGUUACUCAUAUCCAUACGCUGCUGCCAGUUAUGCUGCCCCAGUUGCUUACUCCGCUGGAUAUGGUUCUUUAGCUUAUUCUGCACCACUGGCUUAUUACUGAUUUAAUCAGGAUAUUGUCGUUUUGGUCAUGUAUAUAUGCGAUGGAAAUGGAUUAAACAAAUUAGUUUUAAGAUAAAUAAAUGAUAUUGAAAACAA